UGUUCCACAACUUUACAUUCUUCAUUUCUCCGAUAAGGCCAUAUAUGGUGAAAAUGAUUGUGCCAUUUUGUGAUUGGCUGUAUGUGAACAAGGCAGAGAGUAUAAAAAAAAGGGAAAGUAGUUGUCCGACACCAGUUUUCGCCGAACUUACACAGCAACAUCACCGACGCUGCCUGAGUCCCCACAGUUUCGGUGCAGUAACAGAAGAGUUAACUUGUGUCUUCAAGAAGCAGCUGCAGAGCCAGAGAAUCCGCCGCCCCACUGAGACAUCCAGAGCAUCACAACGCCAAGAGACAUACAAGAUGGCUACUGGUGGUAUUGUUUGUCCUUUUGAAUACCCUGAAGGAGCUAAGGAACAAAGAAAGGAAAAGAUCAGAGAGAAAACACUGCGUGGCAAUAAAGACAUUCUGUUUUAUGAUACAGAUGCUGAAGGUGAAAAAUGCAGCCUCAUGUUGUGUAGCAUUCGUGUAAGAGAAUGGCUGAAUGCAAUUCAGCAAAAAUAUCCUGAACUCAAAGAAGCACGAGAGAACGAUAAAAUUAUCCUCAAGUGCAAGGAAAGUACCAUAACUUUAUAUCCUACUGUGACGGUUGUGGUAACAGGCGAACUAAUGGAGAGCUUUGAGAGACAUUUUCCAGAAAUGAAACGAAUGGCCCUGACACCCUCCUUAUUAGAGGCAUUGGCCAAAUUGGACAUAAACAGUACUGGCUCUAGGCAUUUUGAAUACUCUGAAGGAUCUACUGAUAAACAAAAGGAAAGGGUCAGAGAGGAAACACUGCGUAACAAUAAAGACACUCUGCAUCAUGAUACCCAUUUGAUGGGUGAAAUAUGCAACCUCAAGUUCUAUAGCACUCAUGUAAUAGAAUGGCUGAAUGCAAUGAAGAAACAAUAUCCUGCAUUUGAGGAAAUUCAAACUGACCGUGUUCAGAACCUCAAGUCCGAUAUAGGUACCAUAACUUCAUACCCUAAAGUAACGGUUGUGGUAGAAGGCCAACUAAUGGAGAGGUUUGAGGAAGAUUUUCCACAAAUGAGACAAAGGGCCAAGUCUAAUGAGGAAGGACGUCCGGAUGAGCCAGAAGGUGAGGGCACUCUCCACACCCCACCAAACCCAGCUGAUGAGAAAUAUCCAUCUGAUGAAAAAGUAAGCACAGAAAAAAAGAAAGGGGAAAAAAAACAAAAAAAACUACAAAAUGGAUCAUUUUAAAUAACUGAUUAUUUAAGCUUCAUCGUGCCAUUUUAAUUCAUGAACAGGUAUCUGGGUUGUAAAAUCAAUUACAUAUUCUUUUCUGAUUUGUAAGGGGCCGUUCACAUGCCGCGUUUUUUGUGCGCUCAAAAUUGAGAGUGACGCCGUGCAAGCGUUUCAAAGCACUUAUUUUUGAGUGUGCGAGUUUAAUUUCUGGGACGCAGCAACAUGCUGUAGUGCAUGUUGCUGCGUCCCAGAAAUGUAACUUUCUUUAAUUGGUAAUUGGUUGUUACUCAUGUGACUGAGUUUAGUUAGUCUGUGAAGCUUCCUGCUAAAUUACCAUCAUCAUCAUCGCAGCGUGACGGUUUUGGCUGCUUAGUAACAGCAGGCGCGACAGGAGCGAAACCUCCCAAGCACCUUGUAUAAAAGGAUGAAAGCAGCACGGCUGGCGUUUUCCAUGUGUUUUUAGAUACAACAUGUGAACGGCCCCUAAUACGUUUGUCAUGUACAUCUGUGUAAUUUCUGGUUCUGGUGUUUAUAUAUUGCUUUAGAAUUGUGUCGCACGUGUUUAAAAAGUUAUGACAAUGUAUCUUCUGAUUGUGUCUCAUGACACUCUAGUCUGUCUGCGGGUUAUGGAGGAAGUAAAGAGCGGUUUUGUACUCACUGAGCAGGUGGUAGUUUGAGUCUCUCUCAUAUUUGAAGGUCAGUCUUCCAUAGCUGACAUAGUUGAGGUUCUUCAGCCACUCGAAAUAAGACACAGUCACACCGCCAGCAUUCAGGUACAUGUCCUGCAGGAUGAAACAUCACAACUCAUCAGACAUCUUACCGUUUGGUCUUCACUCCUCUGUGUGUUGAAUUAUUUUUGAUUAAACUUCCCCUCUGUACUGUUUGUUUUAAGAUUUUGUUUGGGAAGAAAAUUAUUAUUCUGUAUAAUAUAGACAUUGGAAAAAAACUAAAUGAAAUGCUUUUGUGAAAUUAUUUUUGACAAGCUUGAGGAAACGUGUAAAAAUGAGCAAAAGACCUUAAUAUAAAAAUAUGUUGCUUACACAAUAAAGGCUGGAAUAUAGUUAA